GGUUUGGGGUGCAGCCGGCCGUGGUUCGAUUCCUGCUCUGUGACCUAGUUAGUGUGGGCAGUUGGCCCAGUCACGUUGCUCCCUUGAGUCUCCUUUUCCUCAGAGUCAUCGUGGGAAUUGGGGGAAAUGUGUGGGUAAGGUGCAUGUGGUUACCUCUCCGGUUUGGCUCUGUGCCCCUCCUGUGCCAGGCCAGGCCUCAUCCCCCGAGCAGGGUCCCCACAUUGCAGGCUCCAUAGAGGCCCCUGGAGAGGUGGUUAGGUCAUGGGCCGGGCAGACCUUUGAUUGGCUUUCCCCCAUGGCACCCUUGUUGGCCAUGGCACAAUGGACAACAGAAAUGCCCAGAUGCACAUGGAGGAUAUGAUCAAGUCUCCAGGGGCCCAGCCAAGCCCUGGCCUGAGGACUCGCAGAAAGAGUGCUGGUGUUGAGCCUGCCCUAUCAGGAGUCAACCAGGUCAUAUUUGCGGAUGCUGCGGGGACAGGCAGUAGGAAGGAGCCCUUACCGGCCCCAGAAAGGCCCAAGAAGCGGCCCGGACACAGAGAAGCAUCAGAGGAGGGGCCUCCGGAGCUCAGGAUCCAGGAGCAGAGUCACCUGGCAGACCUAGGGAAGAAGCUGUCCUCUCUGGCCCCUCAGGAGCGGCCGGAGGAGCUGCAAGUGGGCCAGGAUCAGGCCAAGCCAGGAAGUGAGCCGGGGGUGCUGCCCUGCAGUGUCUCCCCAGCUCCUGAAGGGCUGCAGCAGCAGGGCUCCGGGCAGGAGACCGAGGACCUGCAGGAGAGGCAGCAGAACCCCAGGACAGUGAAGGGUCAGGCCCCCAAGAGGUGCCAGCCCACCCCAGGUCACAAGGCAGCAAGUGGGUCAGAUUUAGUGCAGACAGCAGAGCCUUCUUGCACCUUGGACAGCUGUGGACAGUACCUGGAAGACAAGCCCCCCAAGGAGGCAGGCGCCCCACACAUUAGGCCACAGGGGACCCUGCCAGAGCCUGGCCUGGGGGGAGACAAGGACGGGUCUCAGGAAGCAAAGCCCCUCAUGCCCAGGACUCCGGAGAAGACUGGCAACUCCUUCCCGACACCCACGCCAGGACCUCACCCGCCCAGAGAAGGGGUCAAGGCUGUGGAGAUGAAGCCAGCACCAGGGCCUGUCCCUCCACCGGAGGUGAGGGGCCCUGGAGAGAGGAGGGAGCUGGGCUGUGCCCCGAAGCAGCCUCCGGAGCCCACACCCACCACGGGUGCCCAGAACCUUGGGAGCCCCGGGCAGGGCUUCAUGAAGUGCCUGCUGGAGGUGGAGGAGGAGGAGGCCAUGCAUCGGAGGGCCACCAGGGCCCGGUCCCUGCCAAACCGGAAAGCCCCCAAGACCCUGAACCCUGUGCCCGCCUCAGCCCCGGUUGGCAACUCGGCCUCAAACCUGACGCUGACACUGCCUCAGACCCCCGCCUCGGCCCCCGCCAUGGCCCCAUCCUGGGUCCGGCCACCAGCCCCGGGGCCCAUCCCUGUCCCUGUGGGAGCCCCUGUCCCGGCCGCUGUCCCUGUCACGGUCCUGCCCGCGCCUUCCCUGGACCUGGGCUGGAGGAAGACAGUAUUCCUGCACCACAGCAACGAGAGGAGCCUGAGCCACGCCAAGGCACGGCAGGAGCUGGAGGAGCGCUGCUUCCUAAACUUGUGUCAGAACUGGGAGGCGCGGUCCGAGGAGCAUCUCACCCUGAAGCAAGAGGAAGCCUUCCACAGUUACUUUGAGAUCUUCAAUGGCCCUGGCGAGGUGGACGCGCACAGCCUGCAGAACGUCCUGCUCAUCGUGGGCAUCUCCCUGACGCCGGUGCAGGUGGAGGAUGCCCUGAUGAGCGCUGAUAUUGAUGGAGAUGGUCACGUGGGCUUCAAAGAUUUCUUGGCCGUAAUGACAGACACCAAGCGCUUCUUCUGCUCCGUGGAACAGAACGUCCUGACGGCUACCCCGAAUCCCCACACUCUGCUCUUUGAGAUCCUGUCCCUGCUGGUGGAGAUGCUGGCCUUACCUGAGACGGCCUUAGAAGAGAUCACCAACUAUUACCAGAAGAAGCUCAAGGAAGGCACCUGUAAGGCCCGAGAGAUGGAAUCGGCCAUAGGCCGGCUGCGAUCCCGGAAGAAGCUUCCCUACAACCUGCAGCAGGCAGACACCUUGGAAGUCCCAGAACGAAGGGUCCUCAGGAUCCUGAACCGGCUGAAGCAGCAGAGCUACGCUGCCAACCUGCAGAGCCCCUACGCCCAGGUGCCCUGCAUCCCACUCUGCCCGAGGCUGGACAAGAAGAUGGUAGGUCGGAACCAGUGCACCCCCACCAACCCGAGCCCUGACAUCCACAGCCUCUACCUCCAGACAGGAUCUCAAGGAAGCAGGGAACACAGCUCUGACGGCCGAAAGUGGCUCAGCUCUGUGCCGGCUCGAACCCACUGACCCUAUAGAGUCCUGACUCUAGACAG